AGAGGCCGUUUGGUUGGUGGAGGAGAAGCACCGGGCGGGACUUCCCCCGGCUUGUCAUUUUAAUAUUUCCUCCUGGAUACUUUCUGUUUCUCCCUUUCUCCCCUCCCCACAUUUUUUGCAUUCUCUCCGUUUUGCAACUGGGUGCUGCUCGGGGCAGAGACUCCUUUUCCAUUGCUCCGCUGGAAAGGUAAAAAUCCAGUUGUUGUUUUUUAAGGGAUGGGGACCUCGUGCAAGGCAGCGAAGGGGGUGGGUUGGUUGUUGUUGGAUGUGUCUUUUUUUUUGCGCGAGUGUGUUUCGCGAGAGUUUUUUGCACGUGAGAACGCAAAAGGGGUCUGUAGGAUGGAGUCGGUGGACAAACCCCCCCUCCCGGGUGCAUUCCGCAAAAAAAAUAUCUCCCCUUAAGCCAUGCAAAGCUUACCGAUACCAGCAUAGAGGCAGAUAGAGCGGAGGGGGGGUGGAGAUCUUGAGGCUUCCGUGUGCAGUUUUGGGGCAGGGGUCGGGGGGGGCAGAGUUGUUGCUGCUUUGGGGGGGUCUUGCUUUUGAGCAGCCUGUUGGGGCAGCUGGUUGACCACAGUGAGAACAGGAUACUGGGCUGAUCCGAUGUUUUUACAUUAAAUAACCAAGCGAAAUAUUAUUAUUAUUAUUUGUUUCACUUUAUGAUGUAUAUAAAACAGAACAGUUGCAGAUGGGUUAAAACAAGAAAGUCCAGGUAAAUAAUAUGAGCGUUAUCCGAUUAUAAAGUAUACUUCCAGAUUUGUGAUGAAAAGCUUGUUUGUUUGUUUUUAAAGUGUUGAAUAAUAAACAGCGGUGCUGAAAAUUGGCCGUAUUUUGGUUCUCUUCGCCGCGUAAAAAGGUCAGGUUUGCUCCGCAAGGCUGUGGCGAGUUUCGUUUGCUCAGAAAUCGGAAAUGGGAACUGGACCACGCCUCAAGAGUUGCCCCAAGGCAUGGGGCAUUUCUCUCUGGCUUUGCCUUCAUUUGAUUGCAAAAAGAGAUUAGACAAAAUGGGCUGAUUUGCUUGCAGGGAGGUGAUACAGUGGUACCUCGGGUUACAUACACUUCAGGUUACAGACUCCGCUAACCCAGAAAUAGUGCUUCAGGUUAAGAACUUUGCUUCAGGAUGAGAACAGACAUCGUGCUCCGGCGGCACGGCAGCAGGAGGAGGCCCCAUUAGCUAAAGUGGUGCUUCAGGUUAAGAACAGUUUCAGGUUAAGAACGGACCUCCGGAAUGAAUUAAGUGCUUAACCCGAGGUACCACUGUAUUGAUGUUGCGUCAAAGCAAGUGUUGCGUCCACACAUUCGAUUUUAUUUUCUUAUCUUAUCGCUUUCCUCCUUGCAAAAAACUCCCCAAUCUUUUUGGGAAGCAGGUUUGUUGCGCAAGAGACCAUUCAAAUAAUUUAGAAUGGCACGAACAGUUGUCAUAUUUUGAAAAGGACGCUAUGAUGACUCUCAUUUUAAAUACCCCCUACUAUAUGUAGGCUAUAAAGGUAAAGGGACCCCUGACCAUUAGGUCCAGUUGCGGCCGACUCUGGGGUUGCGGCGCUCAUCUCGCUUUUUUGGCCGAGGGAGCCAGCGUUCAGCUUCCAGGUCAUGUGGCCAGCAUGACUAAGCCGCUUCUGACGAACCAGAGCAGGACACGGAAACACCAUUUACCUUCCCACCGGAGUGGUACCUAUUUAUCUACUUGCACUUUGACGUGCUUUCGAACUGCUAGGCUUGCAGGAGCAGGGACCAAGCAAUGGGAGCUCACUCCGUCGCGGGGAUUCGAACCGUUGACCUUCUGAUCAGCAAGUUCUAGGCUCUGUGGUUUAACCCCCGGGGUUCGAAGUGCAAGUAGAUAAAUAGGUACCGCUCCAGUGGGAAGGUAAACAGCAUUUCCGUGCGCUGCUUUGGUUCGCCAGAAGCGGCUUAGUCAUGCUGGCCACAUGACCCAGAAGCUGUACGCCGGCUCCCUUGGCCAUUAAAGCGAGAUGAGCGCCGCAACCCUAGAGUCGGUCACGACUGGACCUAAUGGUCAGGGGUCCCUUUACCUUUACAUGACAGGGUUGUUGCAUAGGCAUCUUCAUGUUAAUAGUGGGGUACACACUACAGGGUUGUUGUAUAAACCUGCUCUUCUUCUCUUCUCUCUCUCUCUGUCGUACACAAACACCAAACGCCGUUGAAGUCUGUAGUUUAUUAACAAUGAAUUAAAUUGCUGAACUGGCAUAACACUCCCUCUCCCAAACCACGUGGCUGUCAUGGCAUUGGGAUGCUUUUAACCUUUAAAGCCACACCCGAAAUGAAAAAUGAGUUACAUAAAUCAGGAACUGGAACUCCUGUUGUUAGUCCUUUCUGUUUCGUUGGGGCAGAGGUUAUAGGGGCUGCUUUCACAGCUCUGAUAACAGUCUUCAUGUGCAUAAAGAUAGAUAGGUAUUAAAACCGCUAAAUAAAGAUUGGUUUAUUCCAACAGGCCUUCGGGAACUGAUUUAUUUAUUUUUAUUUUUAAAGAAAGGGCUUUUAAAUACUGCAGGGCUGUAUUUAUUAUCUGUAUAUUAAUAUUUUUUUUAAUAUUGUUUCAAUUCUAUUAGUGGCUUAAUGACUAUGAUUACCUUUUAUAUGUUCUCAGCUUUUAGGUUUUUAAUCUCUGUUAUUAUAAUUUUUGUAAGCAGCUUUCAGUCCUGGUCUGGAAAGAAGGUGGGUUAUAAAAUAUAACGACAACAGUAAUGGUAAUGAAUUCAUAUUACAAAUAUUGCUGUUAUUAUUUAUAUCCCACUUUUCUUCCAAGGUUCCCUGCCAAUCCCAUCAUUUUUUCCUCACAACAUCCCUGUGAGGGAGGUUAGGGCUGAGUUUAAUGACUGAAUUGUGAUUUGAACCCUGGUCUCUUCCAGGCCCUCUAACCACUAUGCCAGACUUUUUUUUGUGAAUAGCCAUCAGUUUUAUCCUUCAAGCAGAUGGUGAGGGUGGCAAAAUGGCGUCAAGAACGAACCAGGAAAUUCCAUUUUUAUGCCAUGAAAUUUUGUCAGAACUGUUGGGGAACUGCCAGGCAUAGUAGGAGAGCAGGCGCUGCCCCCCCACAGCAGAUUUCCCACAGAUUUUGACACUCAGAUAGACACUCUCGGUUUGCGGAGGCUCCAAAAAUCCAUUUAGCCCAUAAUUCCGUUUCCAGUGACAACCGGGUAGAAGCUUCUAAGGAAGUUCACAAGAAAGCAGGGCCUUCCCUGCUGUUCCUACUCCACCCCCAUAUGAUCCUCUGAGGUAUACUGCCUUGACAAAUGGAGGUUCAGAUCAGCUAUAAUAAGAGCCAGUGGGGGGGGGGCGGGGACGGGACACAUAUCUCUAGUUUCGACAAUCUGCUUUCCACAGAAGCCUUCAUCAAGGCAUGAAGGCAUGAAGGAGAUGGCCUGCUUCCCUCUUGACCGAACACAGUGUCAGGUAUAUUGCCUUGGAGUAUGGAGGUUCUGUUCAGGUGCUGAGACCAAUACACUUCUGAAACGCCAGGGAUGGGGGGAGCAGUCUAUAAAUUAUUUCAUGCUAACCCUAUGCCAGGAUUUAUUUAUUUUUUGCAAUGUUUUAUUGUUUGCUUAAAAUUAUUAUUGUACAAUAUGGGUUGUAUUCAACUCACUUUUACUCAUAGAGUAGACCCAUUGGACCUCAGGCGUAUCCAGUAAUUUCAAUGGGUCUACUCUGAGUAGGGGGAUGUGGGUGGCGCUGUGGGUUAAACCAAGAGCCUAGGACUUGCCGAUCAGAAGGUCGGUGGUUCGAAUCCCCAUGACGGGGUGAGCUCCCGUUGCUCAGUCCCUGCUCCUGCCAAUCUAGCAGUUCGAAAGCACGUCAAAGUGCAAGUAGAUAAAUAGGUACCACUUCAGCAGGAAGGUAAAUGGCGUUUCCAUGUGCUGCUCUGGUUCGCCAGAAGCGGCUUAGUCAUGCUGGCCACAUGACCUGGAAGCUGUACGCUGGCUCCCUCGGCCAAUAAAACGAGAUGAGCGCUGCAACCCCAGAGUCGGCCACGACUAGACCUAAUGGUCAGGGGUCUCUUUACCUUUACUCUGAGUAGGAGUAGUAGGGGAUAGCUGUUUAAAUUAACUUUAAUUUUUAAAAAGCCAGAGGCUUUUCUAUUAGGAUUUGUAGGUGCUGAUAUCCCAAGGGAGCAGAAAAUACUCUUUAUGUAUGCAACGACAGACGCACUGAUGCUAUUAGCCCAGGGAUGGCUAAUAGAGAAGAAUGGCAAAUUAAACUGUUGUUGGACUAUGCCAAAAUGGCAAAGCUUGACCAGAAAGCUCAGGAACCAAGAAGACCAAAACUUCAACAAAGAAUGGGGGAAACGUAUAAUUUAUCUUGGAGUCCACUGCAAGCAGGUGAAAACAUUAGCAGAAUUGCGAUAACACUUGUAACCUAGCAAGUACUAUGGAGUUCUUUAAAACGUGGGACUAUUGAAAAAGAUGCAGUAGGAAAGGUUUAACAAUAGGGCCCAUGGAGGUGAAGUCCGGAGAUUCAGAGGAAUCUUUUAAUCGUUGAUGUGUAUGGUUGUAUGUGUAUGUUAUGAUUUUAUAUUCAAAGAAAAAUGAUUUCAAAAAUAAAUAAAUAAAUGUGGCCCUUCCCUCAACAGCUCUUUUACCGAUUUAUUAUUUUUUUCCUUUUUUGCAGACAGCUGAGAACACCCCAGAGUAAGAUGGUGAGCAUCGGAGAUUUGCCGGAAGACAUCCUGAUCGAUGUGCUGUGCCUGGUCCCCGCCAGGGAGCUGGUUCUCCGCUGCCGCCUCGUUUGCUUGCUGUGGCGCAACGUGGUGGACCUCCCUUCGCUGUGGAAGCGAAAGUGUCACCUUGAAGGGUUCCACCCCCGUGCGCCGGAUAGGAACGUUCCCGACUGGAAGAUAUUCUACUUCCUCUCCACCCUGCGGAAGAACUUAAUUCAGAACCCUUGUGCCGAAGGUUUGUUCUUGUCUUGUCAAGACAGAAGUACUGUUCUUGGGGGACAGGGGGUGGGCUGGUGUGGAGGACUCCCUGGUCCUGAAUGGGGUAACUGUGCCCCUGAAGGACCAGGUGCGCAGCCUGGGAGUCAUUUUGGACUCACAGCUGUCCAUGGAGGCGCAGGUCAAUUCUGUGUCCAGGGCAGCUGUUUACCAACUCCAUCUGGUACGCAGGCUGAGACCCUCCCUGUCCGCAGACUGUCUCGCCAGAGUAGUGCAUGCUCUGUUUAUCGCCCACUUGAACUACUGCAAUGCGCUCUAUGUGGGGCUACAUUUGAAGGUGACCCGGAAACUACAACUAAUCCAGAAUACGGCAGCAAGACUGCUGACUGGGAGUGGCCACCGAGACCAUAUAACACCGGUCUUGAAAGACCUACACUGGCUCCCAGUAUGUUUCCGAGCACAAUUCAAAGUGUUGGUGCUGACCUUUAAAGCCCUAAACGGCCUCGGUCCAGUAUAUCUGAAGGAGCGUCUCCACCUCCAUCGUUCUACCCGGACCCUGAGGUCCAGCUCUGAGGGCCUUCUGCCAGUUCCCUCACUACAAGAAGCUAAGUUACAGGGAACCAGGCAGAGGGCCUUUUUGGUAGUGGCACCUGCCCCGUGGAACACCCUCCCAUCAGAUGUCAAAGAGAAAAAUAACUACCAAACUUUUAGAAGGCAUCUUUAGGCAGCCCUGUUUAGGGAAGCUUUUAAUGUUUAAAAGGUUAUUGUAUUUUAGUGUUUUGUUGGAAGCCGCCCAGAGUGGCUGGGGAAACCCAGCCAGAUGGGCGGGGUAUAAAUAAAUUAUUAGUAGUAGUAGUAGUAGUAGUAGUAGUAGUAGUAGUAGUAGUAUUUGGCGCAGAUUUCGAGCUGAUUUGGAGCACCCUUCCUUCAAACGUUGGUGGGGUGUGGGUGGCGUUGAGCUGGGCCUCAAAAAUCUGGAGGAUGGGAUGCGGCCCUCGAGGCCUUUCUGUCUGGCCCUCAGGAAUUUUGCGAGCCACGCCCCCUUCUCCACAAGCCACACCCUUCGCCCUCCCUGCUUCCCGACCUGAGCGUUUGUCCCUGGAUGGGAUGUAAAAAGGAGGCGGGUGGCGCUGUGGUCUAAACCACCGAGCCUCUUGGGCUUGCCGAACAGAAGAUCGGCGGUUCGAAUCCCCACGACGGAGCGAGCUCCUGUUGCUCUGUCCCAGCUCCUGCCAACCUAGCAGUUCGAAAGCACGCCAGUGCAAGUAGAUAAAUAGGUACCGCUUUGGUGGGAAGGUAAACAGCGUUUCCGUGCGCUCUGGUUUCUGUCACGGUGUCAGAUUGUUGAAAACCUUUGAAACUCAAUAAAAAACAAUGGGCGAAAAAUAAAGAGAAAAGAACAGCCGUAGUGAUCACUGUCAUGGAAUCAUAGAAUGGUAGACUUGGAAGGGACCACGACAUAGCUGUCAACAUUCCCUUUUUCUGUGGGAAAUUCCCUUAUUCCAGCGCUGCUUCCCGCUGCUAUCCCGGAUUGUUAGAUAUCCCGUAGACUGUCCCCGGGACACGUGAGGCUGCUGAUCCCUUAUUUUCGAGGCUGCUGAUCCCUUAUUUUCAAAUCUGAAAGUUGACAGCUAUGGACCACAAGGGUUAUCUUGUUAAACCCGCUGCAAUGAGGGAAUCUUUCGCCCCACGUGGGGCUCGAACCCACAACCCUGAGGUUAAAGAGUCUCAUGCUCUGCUGACUGAGCUAUGGAAGGAUCUGGUAAAAUGCCAAGAGCGGUCAGAGCAAUUCAGAGCCUUGAAAAGCACAUCCAGCUGAAAGAGGAAGUGGAAAUGAGUGCCUCUCUUUCAGUUUCCUCCUUCAGCUCUGUGUACUUGUCAAGGGACUUGGAAAAGGUCACUGCCAAUUGGACAGUGAUGGUGUCCUCUGCUUUCAUUAUAUCUUCUCUUUCUGCUUUCCCCUACAGCGGGCUUCAACUCCUGGAAAAUUGAACAGAAUGGAGGGGACAAGUGGAAGAUUGAGGACCUUCCUGGACACCAUGGGAGGGAAUUUCCUGACCCGCACGUCCGCAAAUACUUCGUGACAUCUUACGGGUGAGGAUUGUGGGUCUUACGUGAAAGAUCUUAGCGUUGUACCUGACAAACUUCUUCCUUUUCGGGUAUGCCAGUUUGCACCCAGAUGCCACCCUCUGGGUUGUCUCCAGCCAAGUCCUACUGAGAGACAGGCCAGCUGAAAUUCCUGGACCUAAAUCAGUCUCGAGGACUAGUAACUUCCAUUUUUUAUUUAUUUUUAAAAUGAAAUGAGAUUCCUAGGGUGCACCAGUUUUCAUCCAGAUACCGACAAUGUUCCAUUCGAGAAUUGACCCAUUGAGGGGGGAAAUGGACCAUAGUCAGUCAUGUCCCUUGACUGCAGUGGGUCUACUCUGAGUAGGACUAGUAUUGGAAGUAACCCAUGCUGAAAGGUGAGAUCAGAUUGGCCUUGUUGUCUGGUUGCCAAAGAGAGCAGGAGGUAGGGUCAUCGUGGCUGCCUGUCAGAUGUUGGUGGGGAAUCUGUGGCUUUGAGACGUUGUUGGGCUUCUAGUAGCCAUGCUCCAGGAUGAUGGGAGUCAGAGUCCAGCAACACCUAGAGGGCCACAGGUCUCUCAUCUCUGUGUUAUGUAAUAAACAAAAAUCUGCCCUUAUUCCCUUACGGGGGACACAAGAGCCCUUAUAGAGUCCUUUGUAGGUUCUCCAUCGGUCAGAGGAAAGAACAGAGGCCAACCAGAGAAUAUUGAGAAGCAAAGCGGCUUGUAAGCCUGAUCUUUAUUGAACAGUUGCAACAGGGUGCCCCCUUCACACACAGGAGAAGGAGGAGGACCCAGAACCAAGGUGUGUCCCCCCUUAUAUAGACAUUUUAAAUUGCCAGCCCUGGAGUCCAAGACCACCCCCAGAAACAUCAUACAUACAUCACAGAAGGGGUGUAGCUUCAGACCACCCCCCAGAUACAUCAUACCUACAUCACGGAAAGGGAGGUCUACAGCAGAAAUCUGAGUGCUUUGUUUACCUCCUGUCGUUGUUUAUCUCCUGUCUGGCAGAUUACCUGUUAAUGCUUACUGGAUUGAUUCCCUGGGGAGCCUGGCCAAUCUUUUGUAAUGAUAAAUACUUAGUUCCUGAGCCAGAUCACAGGCUCACCCUAUUCAUAUACAGAUAAGACAGGAUUUGUGAAGGAAAAGACAACGGGGAGGCUUUUCCAUUUGACUUUGCAGAAAAAAAACACCUGGCCAGUUUGGGAGUCAAAAUGGCAACAUGGCUGUUCUCCUGUGCAGCUUCAGACAUGUGGUUUAUAUAUUUAUGUACGUGUUUGCUUGGUACAUUUAUGAACCUUUAUUAUAUACAUAAGACCUUAAUUUUUUUAUUUCAGUUAAAAGAAGGCAGAGUGGUUAUUGUCAUGGAAUUCUACUCAAUAUUGAUCCAGAGCAGAACUCCGACAUAGUUAGCAAAGUAAAAACUUAAACGUUGCAAGAUUCCCAAAAAAUAGACCAGAGGCAAUUGUAUUUCAUCCAGCAGAGCUUUACUGCUACUGAAGGCAAAUGAGCAUAAUGGUCACAAAUAAAAUACAUACAGGAUUGGCACUGUCCAUAAGAAAUCCAGUUGUAGCAGAAGUAACUUACAAUAACUUAGAAUAACACUAAGCAUACUAUGUGCAGAACACCACACCAGAAGGAAAAGAGAUCGGAAUAGGAAGUGAAACCCAAGCUCCUUCUGGCCCUACUUUUAUAGACAGCAUGACCUUGACUGAAAGUGAUAACAGAACCAGUUUAAGCCAGCUGUACUCAGCUUCUCUGAAGGAAUAACCCAAAGAUCAUGAACCUUCUGCUUGUUUCUGUCACACGGAGAAGCUUGAGGCGUACCCAAAGCAAAGGAAGGAUUGAACUCUGAUUAAUAAGAAUACACACAGAGGCUUGAACCAGCAAGACUCUGGGAAGGGUGCGUAUAAUAAUCUCUGUCUCCACCCUCUAGCCCAGGUCGUUUUAUUCACAAAAGAACUUUUUUCAGAAUGUUCGUAAGAACCAAUCAGAUAUCUUCUGAGCAUUUCAACAAACCCCAAGUGGGGACAAAGUUAAACUACCAAAACUAAUUAAGCACACAUAUUUCUGGGGUAAACAAAACAGAACUACAAAGGAGUGCAUUUGGCAACUCCUGAGGUCAUGAACAAGCAAUACACUUGAUAAGAAGGAUGGCCAGGAAGACAGCGAUCAUUAUCACCUUCCCUAAGAUUAACAUCCUAAGAUUAACAUAUCAGAAAAGCUGCAUCAAAGAAACUUGCCCACUUUCUUUAUGGCCCAGGAGGCAUGCCUGGCAAAGCAACUGGCAGUGUAUGUGACUGGUCAAGAAAGAGAAAUGGAAGAGGGAUGCAGAGGUUUGGAAUGAUCAAAAAUCAUAUCAAAAUAGUUUAAACCCAGUCAACGCAAUGCUUUCAUUGCUGACACAGAUGGUUUACUCUAUAUUUGUUAUAAUUCCUCAUAGCAAUCCCACCUGUUCACUACAAAGCUUCCAGAAUAAGUAGAAUAGGAAAGAUCUCUACAUAUCAGAGCAAUGCUUUUUGCACUAAGAAAUGCAAACUGACAGUUAUGGUGGUAGCCAGGGGCAGUAAAGGCAAGUGAUGGAGUUCAGGGAUGAGGAACCUGUAGCCGUCCAGGACUCCCAUCAGCCCCAGUCAGCAUGAGAUAAUGGGAGAUGUUGUCAUACAACAUCUGGAGCUUCUCCAGCUCAGCAUUAAAAGGAAGCAGAGUUCUGACGGUGUUAGCUAGGGGCAGCAAAGACAAGUAACAGUUCAAAUAUGGUGAACCUGUGGCCUUCAGGAUAUUUUAGACCUCCCCCCUCAGCCAGCAGAGCCGAUGACUGGAGAUGAUGAGAAUUGUGUCCCAGAGCGACGCAGCUUCCUCAUUCCUCCCGUAAAAUUGGGUUGACGCGUUUGUUUGCCCCAUUAGUCCUUCUGUCCCCCCUUAAAUUUAAUUUGAAUUCAGCCUGAUCUUCUAUUUCCCUUUUCUUUCCCCCCCUCCCCUUUUAUGAAGAUCACCCGCUCUGAGACCCCACAGCUAAUUCUCCUCCGGCCUCCUUGCUGGCCCAAGUAGGGCCCAGCUAGCCCUGGGGAUUAUCUAAUGCUUAUUUCCCCUAAAUUGAUUUCUGAAUUUUGAAUUUUAUUGUUAUUCAUGUUUUUAUACUGUAUUUUAUGCUGUUUUUACAAUUAAGUGUUUUAAAUUUGUUGUUAGCUGCCCUGAGCCCGGUUUUUGAACCGGGAAGGGCGGGGUAUAAAUAAAAAAUGUAUUAUUAUUAUUAUUAAAUUUGCGCUGAGACUUUCCAGUCCCAGAGGCUGUUUCCAGUGCUUCGGCUCAGCUCCGGAAGACACCAUGCGGAGAAAAUCCUUAGCUGUUUCCAAGAGCUUUUUCUCUGGCGGUAUGCAGUACUGCCACCUUUUGCAGGGGAGACUGGAGGGCUCCAAAUUCCUGUCAGAGUAUUAUGCAUACUUCUCCAAGCCUGGGGAAGCGCUUGCCCAGCUUUGAGAAGGAAGCACGAUGCUCUGACAGGAUUUUAGAGCCCUGCUGCCUCCUUCCCAAAGCCAGGCAGGGGAGGCCUCUUCCCAUGGGCAGGAGCACCAAGCAGCUAACCCGCCCUCACUGUCCAGCCUUGGCAUCAGGCUACGCCCCGCCCCCAUGCACUGCCCCACUUGCUGGUGAAUACCGGCACUUUUUCCCCCUACAAGAAAAGCAUUGGCAUACGGCCUCAGCCCAGUCUACCUGAAGGAGCGUCUCUACCCCCAUCGUUCUGCCCGGACACUGAGGUCCAGCGCCGAGGGCCUCCUGGCAGUUCCCUCCCUGAGAGAAGUGAGGUUACAGGGAACCAGGCAGAGGGUCUUCUCGGUGGUGGCACCCGCCCUGUAGAACGCGCUCCCAUCAGAUGUCAAAGAGAUACAACUACCUGACAUUUAGAAGACAUCUGAAGGCAGCCCCGUUCAGGGAAGUUUUUAAUGUGUGACAUUUUGAUGUAUUUUUAAUCUUUGCUGGAAGCCGCCCAGAGUGGCUGGGGAAACCCAGCCAGAUGGGCAGGGUACAAAUAUUAUUAUUAUUAUUAUUAUUAUUAUUAUUAUUAUUAUGGCCCCAUGGAGAAGAGAUCAAAAUGGCCCAACGGGAAUCUCAGGGGUGUGGUCUCCCUCCCUCUCAAGAAAGUGACUCUGAAGGUGUUUGUUUGCUUGUUGCAAACCUCUCCUCCCUGCCACACGGACUCCCUGCCCCCCCUUUUGAACCACUGGUACUUUUGAACACCUCCAAUGUGCCUUUGCAGGCUCUGCCUCAAAAACCAGCUUGUUACCUUAAAGAAUCAUGGCUACUGGGAUGAGCUGAUGGACGAGGUCAAGCCAGCUAUUGUGGUGAAGGAUUGGUAAGUAAAUUGGGGUGGGCGGGAGGAGAGAACUCAGAGAAAGGAGGGCACAAAAACGGCAGGAAGGGGUAACAGCACUGAAAGCCCACUUUAUUUGCUAUAGAAUGAGGCACACUUAAUUCCUUGCAGGGGUAACUAUUUGCAAAGGUAUGUUCACUGUUAAUCUCCUGCAAUGGGGUAGUGGCCCUGGGGCUAGAUACUAUUUCUGCAGUGGGGUUUCUGCCUCCAGCAUCCCAGAGCUAACCAAUCUGCACAAAAGUGGAGCUUUUUAGCCACUGAGAAGGAGUCUUCUAACCCUUUGUGCCAACGGGAGCCAAUUGGAGUGAAAAGAGGCAAGUCGGCCACUGAGAACGGGCUCCUAGGGUCCCUCUGGAGAAGGCAUGUGGGAAACGAGUUGUUCUGUGUGCUUCAAAGCUAUAAACAAGCUAUAAACUGUAAACAGGUUGAUACAGUGGCAGGAUUUUAAGUGAACACUUGCAACUAGUAGAAGAUUAGAUAAAAUUAAGGGAAAUAAUAAUUGGAUAAGUAUGGAAAUGGGACGCGGGUAGCGCUGUGGGUUAAACCACAGAGCCUAGGACUUGCCGAUCAGAAGGUCGGCAGUUCGAAUCCCCGCGACGGGGUGAGCUCCUGUUGCUCGGUCCCAGCUCCUGCCAACCUAGCAGUUUGAAAUCACGUCAAACUGCAAGUAGAUAAAUAGGUACCGCUCCAGCAGGAAGGUAAAGGGCGUUUCCGUGCGCUGCUCUGGUUCGCCAGAAGCGGCUUAGUCAUGCUGACCACAUGACCUGGAAGCUGUACACCGGCUCCCUCGGCCAAUAAAGCGAGAUGAGCGCUGCAACCCCAGAUUUGGCCACGACGGGACCUAAUGGUCAGGGCCCUUUACCCUUUACCUAAAUAUGGAAAUGCAGCAGAAUUUUGUUUAUAUAAGGAGCCAGAAGAGGGUAUGCAGGGAAGUCUAGAGAUUCAAAGAAUCUCAAAGAGAAGGUUCGUGAAAAUGUAUCUGUAUAAAUCCAGAUCUGGUAGAAACGUGAGUUAACUUUUGUUUUUAAUUGUGGAAAUGUAACUCUGGAAAAUAAAUAAAUUUACAAAAGAAAAAAAGCUCAGCAUUUAGGAGCACUGAAAUGCAAGGUUUCAAGGGUAUGGUGUGCAAGCUUUUAUUACGUACAGUGGAACUUCUAAAGUCACCUUGAAAAUUGAUAGUGCAGCACUCCCAAUCAUUUGCCUGUGAAAGUAGUAGAUCCAGGCAACUUGUGGAGAUCUGCACUGAUAGUUGCAAUGCAUCCCUCGUUAUUAAAGGUAAAGGUAAAGAUAAAGAUAAAGGGACCCCUGACCAUUAGGUCCAGUCAUGGCCGACUCUGGGGUUGCGGCGCUCAUCUCUCUUUACUAGCCGAGGGAGCCGGUGUACAGCUUCCGGGUCAUGUGGCCAGCAUGACUAAGCCGCCUCUGGCGAACCAGAGCAGUGCACAGAAACGCCGUUUACCAUCCCGCUGGAGCGGUACCUAUUUAUCUACUUGCACUUAGAUGUGCUUUGGAACUGCUAGGUUGGCAGGAGCAGGGACCGAGCAAAGGGAGCUCACCCCGUCGCGGGGAUUCGAACCGCCGACCUUCUGAUCAGCAAGUCUUAGGCUCUGUGGUUUAACCCACAGUGCCACCUGCGUCCCAUUCCCUUGUUAUUAGUAUUAUAUAAUUAUAAGAUAAUUGCAGGUGUGUGGCUGUGAGCAGGUAGGGUGGCCUUGAAGGAAGGGCCCCAGAACUUCCAAAUUUGACACCGCACUACCGACCUCCAGUGCCAGAUUUACGUAUAAGCUAAACAAGCUCUAGCUUAGGACCCCACUCUCUUGGGGCCCCCAAAAAAUUUAAAGUAAAAAAACCUGGAUGUACAUUUCCAAAAUAUAAGAUAAAAAACAAAUAAAAUAAAACCUACAUACAGCAACAGUGUUUUGUGUUGUGUAGGUUCCUAUGAUGUACAUCUUUUGUUAUGUGCAAAUGGCUUUAGGUCCAUAAAUUACCAUAUAGCAUAUAUUCAACACAAAAAAACAGUGGCAAUUUGUUGUUGACAAAGGACAGCUGGACAUAGAAAGGGCCCCAUUACCUUCAGUAGCUUAGGUCCUCAUCAAACCUAAAUCCGGCCCUGGAUGCUGCAAAGACGCAAGGUUAGAGCUGGGGUCUGCGCCCACCUGUCCAGUUGUGACAUCCUUCUAUUCCUCGUGUUCCGCAUCCUAGGUAUGCCGCCCGACACGACUGCGGCUGUCACUACCAGCUCCGGGUGGAGCUUCUUUCCGCAGACUACAUUGUCCUGCAAGAAUUUCACCCCGAAGACGUGGUCAUUGAACCGUGGAGCGAUGCAACAUGGCACGAGGUGAAGGCAUCAGGGUGGGGCAGGGGAAAGGGGUGGGCGUGGCAUGACUCUGCCUUCCCCCAGAGCACAACCGCAAGCUGGGCAUUUGUUUUUUUCCGGUUUCUGGUCCUCGUGGGGCUCGUGUAGUCCAGCAUCCUACAAAGUGGCCAGUUCGAGGGCAGAAACAGCGAUCUCCCUACCUAUGAUUUCCAUUAACUGAUAUUCAAGUACACCAGUUGAUUUAUUUAUAGAAAUAUAUUUGUAGACCACUAUUCGUUUGAAAUAAAAAACCCCACCAGAGUGGCUUAAAAACAUAUAGAAAACCAUAUACAGUGGUACCUCGUGUUGUGUAACCUGCAGGUUAUGGAAUCUUUGGGUUAUGGCUGCCGCAAACCUGGAAACACUUCCAGGUUUCGCCGCUCAUGCAUGCGCAGAAGCGCUCUAUCGUGCCAUGUGUGUGCACAGAAGCUGUGCCUCUAGUUACGGAUUUUUUGGGUUGCGCACAGCACCCCGAAACAAAUCCGUAACCAGAGGUACCACUGUAGUUAAAAUCAGAAACUCUGGAAAAAUGUAUUCUUAAAAUCUGCAUAGGCCUGGAGGAAUAGAAAAGUUCAGCAGGCGUCUAAACGUCGGCACAAAAGGCGCACCUGCCAAACCUCUAGUGGCAGAGAGUUCCACAGGACUGGGCCGAUGACACGAAAGGCUCGCUUUCUUGUUGUCAAGUGAGUUGUCAAAUAACGCUCCUGCAGAGGAUGUCAGUGAUCGAGCCGGGAGAUAAGGGUUCAGGUGAUGCCUGAGGUAGCCUGGACCUAAAGUUGUUCAAGGCUUUGUAAAUUAGUGCAAGGAACUUGAACCUGGCUUGGCAGUAGACAGGCAGGCAGGGGAGAUGCUUUAACAACGGUGUCAUGUGGUCUUGACCCAUCAGCAAUCUGGCCGCAGCAUUCUGCACCAGCUGGAGUUUCCGAACCACCCACAAGGGCAGCCCCACGUAGAGCGCAUUGCAGUAAUCUUGCCCAUGGACUGCAGUGGUCAGGUAACUUUGGUAGGUCUACUCUGAGCAGGUCUACAGCCUUAAAAGAUCAGCAGAGGGCUGCUGCCUCUGUGCCUUGCGAGGCUCCUGAUGUCGCGACAUCCGAUUGGCUACCUGGAGAACAGGACGCUGGGAUGUUCGGACCUUUUGCUUCUUUAUCCCGCAAAGGUGGCCUUAUGAUGCGAUCAGGCCCAGAAACUUCACAGCAUCCAAACCUCUUCCUCUGCGCAGCCUGGAAGUCAUUUUGGACUCACAGCUGUCCAUGGAGGCGCAGGUUGAUUCUGUGUCCAGGGCGGCUGUCUACCAGCUCUACCUGGUAUGCAGGCUAAGACCCUACUUGCCCGCAAACUGUCUCGCCAGAGUGUGCAUGCUCUAGUUAUCUCCCGCUUGAACUACUGCAAUGCGCUCUAUGUGGGGCUACCUUUGAAGGUGACCCAGAAACUGCAAUUAAUCCAGAAUGCGGUAGUUAGACUGGUGACUGGGAGUGGCCGCCGGGACCACAUAACACCGGUCCUGAGAGAUCUGCAUUGGCUCCCAGUACGUUUCUGAGCACAAUUCAAAGUGUUGUUGCUGACCUUGAAAGCCCUAAAUGGCCUCGUUCUUGUAUACCUGAAGGAGCGUCUCCAUCCCCAUCGUUCAGCCCGGACACUGAGAUCCAGCUCUGAGGGCCUUCUGGCGGUUCUCUCAUUGCGAGAAGUGAGGUUACAGGGAACCAGACAGAGGGCCUCCUCGGUAGUGGCGCCCACCCUGUGGAACACCCUCCCUUCAGAUGUGAAGGAAAUAAGCAGCUAUCCUAUCUUUAAAAGACAUCUGAAGGCAGCCCUGUUUAGGGAAGUUUUUAAUAUUUAAUGCUGUACUGUUUUUAAUACUUGAUUGGGAGCCGCCCAGAGUGGCUGGGGAAGCUCAGCUAGAUGGGCGGGGUAUAAAUAAAAAAUUACUAUUAUUAUUAUUCCAUCUCUCUCUCCAGGUCUCGCACACGUUUCACGAUUACCCUCGUGGAGUCCGCCACGUCAUCCUUCACCACGGAGGCAGGGACACCCAGUGUUGGGCUGGCUGGUACGGCAUCAGAGUCACCAACAGCAGCAUAACCAUUGAGCCAGAGGUGGCAGAGUGAAAGCUCGUGGCGUGGAGAGGCUUGGCUGGAUUUUUUAGAGAGACAUAUAUACAUAUAUCUAUAAAACCUCCCUUUUCCGCACUUUCUUUCUUUCGCAUGCUUGAUGGGCGAAGCAUCCCUUCCUCUCCCCUUUAAAUUUGCACAGCUGGUAAUCCUCUUCCAUCCCCGCCCUUGAGAAGGAUCCCUUUUUUUGAAGACAACCUGUUUUUGGCAGUUUAUUUAGAGCAAGCUGGCUCUCGCAGCGCUGAUUGGCUAGCCCUUGUGUCGGUCAUGGCUGUGUGCAGCGCUGAUUGGCUGGCCUGUGUGUCCGCAGUUCCUUUACGUCUUGAGAGCAGAGUUGGCGUUUAUGUCGGUCAUAAAGCCAGUUUUUUUAUUUUAAAAAUAUAUCCCAGAGGACCAAAUAAAUGCCCACACUUGAAAAAGAAAGUUAUCAGCCAGCUUAAAAGAAAGUUGGGGGAUUUUUAGUGGUGGGGGGAGGUAGGCAGAGAAGAGGGGAAACAGCCCCAUCAAUUUGGAGGCAGGCCUGCAAGGGAGAUGCAGUAGUUCUGUAGGAGCACACCUGUUCAGGUAAGGCUGGGGAAAACUCCUGCCUGAAGCCCAGAGAGCCACUGCCAGUCAGUGUAGGAAGCACUGACCUAGAUGGACCAACAGGAAAAGGCACCUUCCUGUUUAAACCAGUUCUUUAUUCUAAUCAUGAGGGACACGGGUGGCGCUGUGGGUUAAACCACAGAGCCUAGGACUUGCCGAUCAGAAGGUUGGCAGUUCGAAUCCCCGUGACGGGGUGAGCUCCUGUUGCUCGGUCCCUGCUCCUGCCAACCUAGCAGUUCGAAAGCACGUCAAAGUGCAAGUAGAUAAAUAGGUACCGCUCUGGCAGGAAGGUAAACGGCGUUUCCGUGCGCUGCUCUGGUUCAUGGCUUAGUCCUGCUGGCCACAUGACCCAGAAGCUGUACGCCGGCUCCCUCGGCCAAUAAAGCGAGAUGAGUGCCACAACCCCAGAGUCGUUCGCGACUGGACCUAAUGGUCAGGGGUCCCUUUACCUUUACCUUAUUCUAAUCAUGAGGGCUAGCGUCUUCUAAUUUUUAUGGGGAGGCAGUUGCUCAUUGAGGGAGCCCUUGCUCUGUACGCAGAAGGGAUCUCUGGCACCUCCGGGUAGAGCUGGGGGCGCUCCCUGCCCGAGACCCUGGAGAUCCAUUGCCAGUCAGUGUAGACAGCGCCAAGCUGCAUGGAUCUGGUGGUCUGACUCUGCCUAAGGUGAUGUCGUCGGUUUGUAUUGGUGGCUGGGCAGAUGGCAAGCUGGAUCCUUCUCUCCAUUUCCCUGUAUGUCUGUAUGCAAACCCAACUUUCAGGUGUUCUCUGCUAUUCCUGGCUAGGCUGCAAGCAGCGAUGUAGUGGGUUUGUUCCACAAGGUGGUGGGUUGGGCCAGGAUUUCCGGAUCACUGGUUAUUGCAAGGAUGUGGUCAUGUCCUCUGGCUUUAGAGAGCAAGUCAGACCAACUUUAUGGUGGUGAAUUCUAUGAAUGGAUGCAUCAGCUGCAAUGACAAAACAAAUGGAACCUCCAGCUUUAGACGCAGUCUACCUCCAAAUACUUCUCGCUGGGCCAAAAUAGCAGCAAAUGGGAGGAAUCUGGUUCCCUGCUGUGGGAAGUUAGAGCUGGAUGGACUUUUCAUCUGAUACCAGGAGUUUUGUGCCUUCAGGCUCUGAUCGGGCGCCACACAGAGGGAAGAAUGGAAUCUGGUACCUGAAUUGUGCUGGUUUUUGUUUAGAGAACGAAUAGUACCCCCAACCUGGGUAGGGGGCAGUUGUGUGGGGAGAGGCCUUAGCUUCAGCCCAACCUAAGACUCCUGCCCUUAUGGCUCUAUUAAGAUCGGCAUGUCCCAUUGUAAAGCUUUUUCUCCAGGAGGGGCAAACCUGUUUUCAGGGUCUUAACGUCUGUCUGCUAACAUUUCUUUUCCACAGGUGUGUGGAGACAGUUAAAAUCAUGCCCUCCUCCUCACCAGCAGUGGGCAGCCUUUCUCGCUACUUUGCUGCUUAAAGUGCCUGUUCUUGUCUUGUGUUUGCUCCUUUCGCUGGAAAAAGAAAUGCAGAGACUGUUUUGGCACAUCUCAAAAAGAUCUCUGUUUUGCUGUUUUGUGAUAGUGGAGGCAGGAGAAUGCAUAUACAAGUAAUAAAAAAAACCUGUUCAAACACC